AUGGCACGUGUCACCAGAUCAUCAACCCAGUCCACCAAGGCAAGUAAGUCCAGUAACCCUGUUCGCAAGACACCAAAGUCUACAGAACCUGGAGAGAAAACUAGCGUAAAGGUGCAACAAGAACAAAAACAGAAACAAAAGUCUGAAACUGAAGGUGCAGCUCCAGUUGACGAGGAGGAGUUUCAAUUGCCAUCCGAUGACUCCGGUGGCGAGGAGACCGACAGCGAGCUGGUCAUCCACGAGGGGGCUGACGACCAGGAUGUGCAAGAUUCUUCUGAGAAUGUAACCAGGACGAGUCAGUCUGGUCAUACCGUCAUCAAGCCGGGCAAGACGAGCACCGUUGAGAGCAGUGCUCGUAAGGGUGCUCGUAGGGGGGUCAUUUACAUUGGCAGAUUACCACAUGGAUUCGAGGAGAAGGAGUUGAGACGCUAUUUCCAGCAGUUUGGAGAGAUUCUGAGGUUGAGGUUGUCAAGAAACAAGAAAACUGGGAAUUCCAAGCACUAUGCAUUUCUGGAAUUCAAGGAGUAUGAUGUCGCCAAGAUCGCUGCCGAGACAAUGAACAAUUACUUAUUGAUGGGACAUUUGCUAAAGUGUUCUCUCUUGGAGGAGGACAAGAUCCACGAGAAGCUCUUUGUGGGCGCAAACCUUAAGUUCAAGAAGAUCCCCUUCGCCAAGAUCAACCAGCUCAAGUUUGACAGAAAGAAGGACUUGAAGGAAUGGGAGAGACUGCAAAAUAAACACGAGAAAAACAUCAGCUCAAAGAAGCAUGUCUUGGCUCGUGCCGGCAUCGACUACAAUAUCGACGAUUUGUAA